UGGAAGAAGGGAGGGAAGGGGGCGGACUAGGGUACGCGUGCCAGCUUCAGGAGCGUUUGUCUUGCUGCAUCACGUCUCAGUGCACAACGCCACAACCCUCACCUCCAUCAGUGUUGCCCAGCGCCCGAGGGAGAGAACUAGCGUCUUAUCUGUGGCACUACUUUGUUUUACCUCAUUCGUGUCCCUCAACAGUCAAGGCUGUGCAGAAUCUGUGGUGCUGGGAAUCAACCGCAGACGUUUUCUGUGUGUCUGUGUCUCCUUGGUGGUGGUGAGACAGACGAGACGCGCCAUGUCCUACCGCAGCAGCGCCGCCGUGUCCACCCGCUGUGAUCCUGACGAUGACGGCCGCCUUUAUGCCAUGUACCCGCGACGAGGGAGUGAGAGUCCAGUGUUUGGUCACGGGGGAUUCAGAGUAGACCCAGCACUGCAGAAAAACAUUGAGGCCAUGAUGGAGUCAGGAGACUCAUCACCACCCAACAAGAUCUCUGCCCCAUAUGAAGUGCCACAGUUCCCCAUUGAGCAAAUUGAGGACAAGUUGAAGCUCCACCGUCACUUAAGUAUAAUAGCCGAGCGCCACUCCAGGUAUGAGCCAUCAGAGACUGCUGUGGAUGAAGAUGACACCAAAACCUUUGACCUGGAUGAGACUGACUAUAUUCCUCACUACCAGAGAGUGUUCAUCAGUGGUGAAGAGGCCUCCAAUGUGCCAGUGGAAGACAUCUCCAAGUCCUCCAAGUUGAUCAUUGAAGCCCUCAGGCUCCGAGAAAAGUAUAUGGCCUGGGCCAGCCAGAACUUCCCCACCGUGACAGCAAGAUUCCUUCGAGAGGGUGGGAUAGAGGAUCCAAUGGGAGGAAACCGCCGCUAUGCUGGUGCCUGCAGUGAUCCCAAGAGUCUAGAAGCAGUGCAAGUGUUGGCUGAUGGAGAGAUUGGGCAAACCAACUCCAGCCCUGAUCAUCCCAUCCAUCCACCCCGCAAGGAAGUGAGUCCCUGGAAGAUUGACUUCCCAGAGAAUUGUGGUUACAGAGUAUCCAUGGUAGAUGGGGUGUUUCAGGUGUAUGCCAAUGAGGAAGCAGAGCAGCAGGAGAAGCCACAGCCAUAUCACUACCCAAACCUCACCCGCUACAUCCAGGACGUCAACCUGCUGUGUGCUCUUAUUGCCAAUGGUCCAGUAAAGUCUUUCUGCUACCGUCGCCUCCAGUAUCUCAGCUCGAAGUUCCAGCUUCAUGUCCUCCUCAAUGAAAUGCGGGAAUUGACUGCACAAAAGGCAGUUCCUCACAGGGACUUCUACAACAUCAGGAAGGUUGACACUCACAUCCAUGCUGCAUCCUGCAUGAAUCAGAAGCAUCUACUGCGCUUCAUCAAGAAGGCAAUGAAGACACAUCCUGAUGAGAUAGUGUGCUGCUCCAAAGACAACAAGAUGACUCUGGCAGAAGUGUUUGCUUCCAUGAACCUCACUGCUUAUGACCUCUCAGUGGACAUGCUGGAUGUACAUGCUGACCGCAACACUUUCCACAGGUUUGACAAAUUCAAUGCCAAAUACAACCCAGUGGGAGAAUCUCGACUGAGGGAGGUGUUCCUGAAAACGGACAACUACAUUAAUGGAAAAUAUUUUGGCCACAUUAUCAAGGAGGUGAUGUCAGACCUGGAGGAGAGCAAGUACCAGAAUGCAGAGCUGAGGCUGUCAGUGUAUGGGAAGAGUGUUGAUGAGUGGGACAAGUUGGCACGCUGGGCAGUGGAACAUAAUGUCCAUUCAGAAAAUGUGCGCUGGCUGGUGCAAGUCCCACGUAUCUAUGAUAUCUACAAAAACAAUAACAUUGUUGAAAACUUCGGUGUCCUCAUUGACAACCUGUUCCGUCCCCUGUUUGAGGUCACCAUCAAUCCCAGCAGCCACCCAGAACUCCAUGCCUUCCUUCAGUACUUGAUUGGUUUUGACAGUGUAGAUGAUGAGAGCAAGCCUGAAACCUCAGUGCUAGACAAGGAUACACCCCCACCACAGCUCUGGACAGACACAGAGAAUCCUCCAUAUGCCUACUACCUCUACUAUAUGUAUGCCAAUAUCUGCACGCUGAACCAGCUGCGUGCUGAGAGGGGAAUGAAUACCUUUGUCCUGCGGCCACAUUGUGGGGAGGCUGGCUCCAUCCAGCACCUGGUGACUGGCUUCCUUUUGGCAGAAAAUAUCUCGCAUGGCCUUCUCCUCCGCAAAGCCCCCGUCCUCCAGUUCCUAUAUUAUUUGGCUCAGAUUGGAAUAGCCAUGUCGCCUCUCUCCAACAACUCUCUCUUCCUCAACUACCAUCGUAACCCUCUUCCGGAGUACCUGGCUCGAGGGCUUCUGGUUUCCCUCUCUUCAGAUGAUCCCCUACAGUUUCACUUCACCAAGGAACCUCUUAUGGAAGAGUAUUCCAUUGCCACUCAAGUUUGGAAGCUUUCACCCACUGACAUGUGUGAGCUGGCCAGAAACUCUGUCAUCAUGAGUGGUUUUGAACAUGAAAUCAAGCAGUUCUGGAUUGGCCCCAACUACAUCCGUGAAGGUGUGGCUGGAAAUGACAUUAAGCGAACUAAUGUCCCCAAUAUUAGAGCAGCCUUCAGACAUGAGACCUUGCUGGAUGAGUUGGCCAACAUCUUCCGUCACCCAACUGAAAAGGAGGAGAACUGAGCGCUGCCAUGAAACUCACCUGCUCUGAUGGAACUUCCAGACUGUCAGCAUGUGAUAGCAGCCACCUAUACCCUGUAGUUAUACAAACAGGGAGGCUGCUUCUGGACAGCUCUAGAGUUUACAUCAAGAGAGGAUGGUCAGGUCUAUCAGACUUAUGUUUCAAGAUUAGCCCAGAUGUUAUUCCUGUUAUUCCAUUCUUUGAUACUUAUAUAUUUUCAUUGUUGUCCUUUAUGUUUUAAGUGCUCUCUCUCUCUUUCUGUCUCUCUCACACAAUGAUAUAUGUAUUCUGACCUUAGUAAAGAAAUAUAAUUAGUGAGGGUAAUGUGCAGUUGUGGCCAAGUGCCAAGUUAUGUCUGCCUCAUCUGCCACCCACAAGCAUAGUGACAGUUGCCAGCUUUCUUGUGUAAUAUUAUGGACUUUAGUAAUGUGUUAUAGUUUUGAUGUUUUGAGAUGAAUUCAUGAUUAUGGGAAAUUGUACACAAUUUAAGUACAAUGUGCUCUAUCAUUUUCUCCAGUUGUUGCAUAAAGCUAAGCUAGACAAAAUUUUGCCUUGCAGAGUGCAGCCACUAAUGGGUCAGGUGUUAGGGAAGGAGAAAAUUAAUGGUAUUUGGGAUUGUAGUUGCAAUAUGAUUAAUUAUAAUGAUAUGUACUGAAAGUUGGCUUUGAAGGAAGCCAAGUAACUGUUACUAUGAAGCUGAGGUGAUAUGUGAUGCUAACACCAAAGCACUGUUGUGAUGUGUAGUUAUAUGAUACCCACAGUAGAUGAAAUAUUGUGAUGCAGUGCUGAUGCCUGCAGCAGGUGUGGUAUUAUGAUGCAGUACUGAUGUCUGCACUGGGAGUGGUGUGACUCAAUGCUAGGGUGUCUGCAGCAGGUGUGGUGUUGUGAUGCAGUGUGAAGGUGCCUGCAAUAGGUGUGCUGUGAUGCCAGAAAGGAUCUCCAACAAGUAUUUUGUGAUGCCAACAGCCUCCUCCAAGCUUCUGCACAAUAAUGUGCAUGAAGUUCUGAGCUUUAUUGUUGGAUUUUGAUAGUUGUUGAGAUGGUAUACAGUUUAUUGUAAUAGUAAUUUUAGUCUUUUACUAAAAAUAAACAUGACUAUUUA